UCAACACUUCACGAGACAAUUGGAUUUGCUUUGAUGCCUUAAGGGCAAAAUAAGGUUUAGUUCUUGAACUUGCAAGCUCAAUAACUUGCUGUUAUAUCUUGUUGGACUGUGUGGAUACUAAGGCUACUAUUUACUGAUCCCCUUAAUAGACUUGAUAUUCUAAUCAAUAUUAGGCAUAUUAUUAUCUGGUGAUCCAUACAUGCAUUAGAUCUCCUUACCAUUUCUAUAUCCCCUUAAUUUGUACACUUCUUUUCGUUGUAGUAAAAACUUGCAUGCACGGUGUAAAAAUUCUCACAUUGAGGCUAAACCACUAUAAAUCUGUGUGUGUUUUGGUUGGGAUUAGGGCUUGAGCCCUAACAUAUAGCUAGUGAUUUUUUAGGUGUCUAAAUUUCAUGUUUGAUGGGUGUAGAUGCACAUGUGGGGGCAUGGAUCUCAGUACAGAAAAGGGCCAGAAUCUCUCAGGGGUACACAACCAACAGCCAUGCUUAGGCUUCCUUGUUAUUGCUGUGAACCAGGUUGCAGGAACAACAUUGACCAUCCCAGAGCCAAACCCCUCAAAGAUUUCAGAACCCUCCAAACUCACUACAAAAGAAAGCACGGAACUAAGCCAUUUGUAUGCAGGAAAUGUGGAAAGGCCUUUGCUGUGAAGGGAGACUGGAGAACCCAUGAAAAGAACUGUGGAAAACUAUGGUACUGCACUUGUGGAUCAGAUUUUAAACACAAAAGGUCAUUGAAAGAUCAUAUUAAGGCAUUUGGAAAUGGCCAUGAAGCUUAUGAGAUGGACUGUUUUGAUGAAGAAGAUGAACCUGCUUCUGAAAUUGAGCAAGAUAAUGAAUCCUCUCAGUGAUUGACGAUGAAGUAAGCUUGAUUAGAGUUGUUGUCAAAUUGUCUGAAAUGUCUGUGAUUUUUAACAAAAAAAGUACCAAGGAGGGCAUUGAGCAUAAAUGCAUUUACAUAAAUUACUCGACACUAGAGGAACCAUUUUGUUCUCAUCUUUUCCUUAGUUAUUAUGAAAUGUUUUUAUCUUUAUUUACCUCUAUCUUUUUAUGUUUGUCCGUAUAUUUAACAUUGCCAUAUAUUUACUUAGCGAUGCAUGAGUGAGAAUUCGUGGAUUUGUUGUUUUCUAAUAUUUCGCUUUUGAUUUUUGAUGUAGUUAAACUAUUCUUUUUAGGG